GCCCUGACAUCCAAGUCUGGAGAGGAUACCUCUACUCAGCCAGCAGUGGCAACUCCAUCUGCAUCUACGCUAGUAGCUCCUUUCGUGUUCACUUCCCAAAAUCUAGGAGCAAAUCCUUCUUCAUCUGAACAGCAGUUCACUGCCAAUGUUCCACCAGCACAAGUGCCGAUCAUAAACUUGACAGCUGAUGACUCACAUAAGAUGAGAUACUCUAAACCUGUUGAUUAUGACAAACUGACCGCUCUAGAAGAAAGAUUGAGAGCAGUCGAAGGGGCAGACUUAUAUGAUCCUGUUCAUGCUGCAGAGAUGUGUUUAGUCCCAAAUGUAGCUAUACCCAAAGAAUUUAGGGUACCGGAAUUUAUCAAUCUUUCUGGAUCAGCACUAAGUUGGUAUACAAGACUAGAUAAUACUAAGAUCAGAAAGUGGAAAGAUUUGGUCAAAGCUUUUGUGGAGCAGUACAAAUUCAAUAUGGAGGUAGCCCCGGACAGGUCAAACUUGUUAGUCAUGGAGAAGGGAAACAAAGAGACUGUAAGAGAAUACGCUUUGAGAUGGCGUGAAAAAGCAUCCCAUGUGCGACCCUCUUUGAUAGAACAAGCAAUAAGAAUGGGGAGAAUGUUAGAGCCUACUGAGAAGAAAGGCUUUAUCGGGAAAAAGAAGGAGUCUGAGGUAAACAAUGUGGAAGGAGGGGACAAAGGGAAGAAGAAAAAUUACCAUCACUAUAACUUCCAAAGACCUCCCCAACAAGUUGCAAGUUUGUUGAGUAUUGGGCAAGUGGCCCCUGUUCCUUUAACCCCACUACAACCUCCAUACCCAAAUUGGUAUAAGCCUGAUAUGACAUGUGAAUAUCAUGCUGGCAUUGCUGGGCAUAACAUUGAAAGCUGUAAUGCAUUCAAAAACAAGCUCCUUCAAUUGAUAAAAGCUGGAUGGAUAACUUUUGAUGAUGCACCGAAUGUGAAUUCCAACCCUUUACCUAAUCAUGCUACAAGCAGUGGAGGGGUGAAUGCUAUCGGAGUAGAGGGUAAGAAGGAAAGAACUUUGAAGGUUUCCAUGGAAAAACUAUACGGUAUGAUGGUACAGUCUGGAUAUUUAUCCGAGUUUGAACCAGUAAUGAAUGGAAAUAAUUACUGUAAGUUUCAUGCCAAGGUGGGACAUCACAUUGAUGAUUGCGAAGAAUUUCACCAAAGAGUGAAAAGGAUGCUGAUUUUCAGCAUGAUACGGAUAGAAAGUGAAGAAGAAAGCAGUGAAGUGGGGAUGAUAGGCGGCCAGGAGAAAAAAAGAGAGGUUUGUAGACUCCAACCAACUGUGGGUGGUCCGCCAAAACUAAUCCUAAUCAAGCCUGUAUGUACCAAUAAUGGAAGUUAUGGAACAAUGCCUUACAAUUAUGGGUAUACUUUCAACGUUAAAAAUCCUACUCCUGUCUUCCAUACAGAAAUCGGUGGUUUAACUCGAAGUGGUCGUUGUUUUACACCAGAAGAAUUAGAGAGGCAGAGGAAAGCUAAAGGAAAAGAAACAGUUGAGGCUUUUAAAGAUAUGGAAGUGAACAAACCCAUAAGUGAAGAGGAGUCUAAUGAAUUUCUGAAGUUGAUGAAGCAUAGUGAGUAUAGUAUAGUAGAUCAGUUGAAGAAAACUCCUGCUAGAAUCUCUUUAAUGUCACUUAUCUUGAGUUCUGAGUUACACCGUAAAGCGUUGCAAAAGGUGUUGAAUGAAGCAUAUGUGCCACAGGAUAUUACUCAGGAUACAAUGGAGCAUUUGGUGGGAAGAAUUCAAGCCUCCAAUUACUUAUAUUUCACUGAAGAUGAGCUAGACCCGGAAGGGACUGGGCAUAACAAGCCCUUGUAUAUCACUGUGAAAUAUAAGGACUGUCUGAUUGGCAAAGUGCUUGUGGAUAAUGGUUCAGCUUUAAAUGUGCUACCAAGGUAUAUGCUGGAUGAGAUGCCAAUUGAUGCUACUCAUAUGAGGCCAAGUACUAUGACGGCUAGAGCAUAUGAUGUGAUGGAUAUCCAUCCUUCCUAUAGCAUGUUAUUAGGAAGGCCAUGGAUACACGCCUCUGGGGCUGUGACAUCAUCUCUACACCAAUGCCUGAAGUACAUCAUCAAUGGUACUUUAGUGAAAGUUAAGGCAGAAGAAACCUUGUCCAUGAUAAGGAAUGUGGCGGUCCCUUAUAUUGAAGCAGAAGAUUGCAAAGAUGGAGAUCUCCAUGCCUUCGAGAUUGUGAACACCGAAUGGGUACCGGAGAAUACUGUGUUAAGAAGACCAGCUAUUUCUAGUACUGCUAGAAUGAUAGCUAAAUGCUUUUUAAAACAUGGGCUGCCAUUCCAGAAUGAUCUAAUUGCUGGAAAUCAUAAAAGAGUCAACAUGAUGAAAAUUAAGGUCGUUGAUCAGACGUUUGGGCUUGGCUUCAAGCCUAAGAAAGAUGAUCAUAAGAGAACUGCUAGGAUAAAGCGAGAGAGAAGGUUGGCCAGAAUAGAAGGAAGAAAGCCAGAGGAAGAAGACAUUGCAAUCCCACCUAUCCAUGUUUCUUUUCCAAAGUCAGCAUAUGUGAUGAAACCUGAAAACAUGAUGGAAGUCUUGGGACAGAAACUUGCUGUCAUGGAUAUCAACAAUGUAGAAGAAGGUGAAGAGAAAGGCUGGAACUGUGAUGAUGAGCCAAUAAUAAUAAAAGAAGAUGAAUUGUUACCACAGUUAACUGUCCAUGCUCUAGAAGAAGCUCCAACCAACGCUUUUGUGCGAAAGCUUUCAGUUGAAGAAGUAUUCCAGAAUUGGGAGAUUGAAGAAGCCCCAAUUAUUGCAAUGGAUGAAGAGGAAUGGGAUGAAGAGUUUGCUAGACGGGUAGAACAGUCGGAGCAUGUUUGGAAACCUGCGAAGGAAGAACUAGAGGUGAUAAAUGUAGGCACCGAGCAAGAUAAAAGAGAGUUAAAGAUUGGAACUCUGAUCACUACAGAAGAAAGAUGCAGUUUAACCUCAUUACUACAAGAGUAUAUCGAUGUGUUUGCCUGGUCUUAUACAGAUAUGCCUGGUUUAGACAUUGAUAUUGUAGUACACAGAUUACCUUUGAUAGAAGGAUGUAAACCUGUUAAGCAGAAAUUAAGAAGAACUCGCCCAGAUAUUGUGCUCAAAGUCAAGGUAGAGAUAGAGAAGCAGUGGGAUGCCGGUUUUCUAGAAGUUAUUAAAUACCCUCAAUGGGUAUCUAAUAUAGUGGUGGUACCAAAAAAAGAUAACAAAAUCAGAGUAUGUGUAGAUUUCAGGGAUCUAAACAAAGCCAGUCCGAAGGAUGAUUUUCCUUUGCCUCACAUAGAUGUCCUGGUAAACAAUGCUGCUAGGAGUUCAACUUACUCCUUCAUGGAUGGAUUUUCCGGUUAUAACCAGAUUAAAAUGGCUGAAGAAGAUAAAGAGAAGACCACUUUUGUCACACCAUGGGGAACAUUCUGCUACAAAGUGAUGCCAUUCGGGUUGAAGAAUGCUGGAGCCACGUAUCAAAGGGCAAUGGUGACACUUUUCCAUGAUAUGAUGCAUCAAGAGAUUGAAGUGUAUGUGGAUGAUAUGAUUGCCAAGUCUAAGAAUGAAGAAGAUCAUGUUCAGGUUCUAAGAAAAUUAUUUGAAAGACUAAGAAAGUAUCAGUUGAAGCUGAAUCCUUCAAAAUGCUCGUUUGGGGUAAAGUCUGGAAAGUUGCUAGGAUUUGUGAUAAGCAAUAAAGGAAUAGAGGUCGAUCAUGAUAAAGUGAAAGCAAUUCAGGCUAUGACGGUUCCUAAGACCGAGAAAGAAGUAAGAGGUUUCUUAGGACAUUUGAAUUACAUUGCUCGAUUCAUAGCUCAGUUAACAGCAACAUGUGAGCCAAUUUUUCGAUUACUUCGAAAAAAGAACCCUGGUACAUGGGACAAAGAUUGUCAAGAGGCUUUUGAUAAAAUAAAGCAAUACUUACAGAAUCCACCUUUGCUAGUGCCCCCUGUGCCUGGAAGACCUUUGAUCUUGUAUUUGACAGUAACUGAGGUAGCAAUGGGUUGUGUGUUGGGACAACAUGAUGAGUCUGGAAGAAAGGAGCAAGCUAUCUAUUAUCUGAGUAAGAAGUUUACAGAUUAUGAAUCCAGAUAUACUAUGACUGAGAAGCUAUGUUGUGCUCUUGUAUGGAGUACGAAGCGUCUUCGACAAUAUAUGUUGUAUUAUACCACCUGGUUGAUCUCAAAAAUGGAUCCUCUUAAAUACAUCUUUGAGAAACCCUACUUGUCAAGCCGAAUAGCAAGAUGGCAAGUGAUGUUGGCUGAGUAUGACAUUGUAUACAAGACAAGAAAAUCUGUAAAAGGAAGUGUAAUUGCUGAUCAUCUAGCAGAUAAUGCUAUCAAUGACUAUAAGCCUUUGAAAUUUGACUUCCCGGAUGAGGAUGUGUUGAUAGUAGAAGAGGACAAAGAAAAGAAUGAUUGGUGGAUCAUGUAUUUUGAUGGGGCAGUGAAUGUUUCUGGUAAUGGAGCAGGCGCUAUGAUAAUCUCACCUGACAAGAAGCAAUAUCCCGUCUCAGUCAAACUACAAUUUGAAUGCACUAACAAUACUGCUGAAUAUGAGGCUUGUAUCCUUGGAUUAGAAGCUGCUUUGGAGAUGAAAAUAAAGAAGCUUGAUGUCUAUGGGGAUUCAAUGUUUAUAAUCUGUCAAGUGAAAGGCGAAUGGCAGACCAAGGAGGAAAAAUUGAUACCAUAUCAACAAUAUCUCUCGAAACUGACUGAGGGCUUUGAUGAGAUAGAUUUUACCCACAUGGGAAGAGACAAAAACCAGUUUGCUGAUGCUUUGGCAACCUUAGCUUCUAUGGCCAAAACUGAUUACGGAGUAAGAGUACAACCAAUCUGCAUUGAGAUUAGAAAUUUUCCAGCUCAUUGUUGUUCAGUUGAAGGAGAAAUAGAUGGGAACCCAUGGUUUUAUGACAUCAAGCAGUUUAUCCAAUAUCAAGAGUAUCCCUUGGGGGCAUCCAAAGCAGAUAUGAAGACCUUGAGAAGGUUAGCUCUGGAAUUUUACUUGGAUGGAGAAAUUCUAUACAAA